AACGACGAUUCGUAUGACGUUUACAGUAAGACCUCACACGUAACUUGUGUCACAUGCUUAGGUUUAGUCAUGCUCUGAAUCCCUGUUUUUCUCUAAACUGAAUUGCUUGAUUAAAUCUUCUGAUUUACUGUUUUAUCUCCCAGAGUUGUCUCUUUAAGUACAUUAACUAAGAUUUGGUUUAACUGUAAUUAUAUGUGGCAUUAAAGUAGUGGAAAACGGUCGACUAGUUACCUCAAUUCAAAUACUUACUACGUCAAUCAAAUCUACCACGUGGUGCGACGUGACUUUCGCUAUACUGAUUGUUUUGAUAGCCUCCCGCCAUUUUGAGAUGGUCUAUUGUGUGAGUGGUCAGGAAUAUGUCGCGGUUAGCUCUGUUUUAUGAACAUUUUUCGCUAUAAUUGUUGUUUUGGUGGAUAGACAGAAGAGUUUGAAAUAUGAGCCUCGAAACUUUAUUAGAAGCAGCAAAAUAUUUAGAGUACAAAACUCAAGCAAAGGCACGUGGAGAAGAACCACGUGAUUAUCAAACGUUCGCUAACUUCUCUACCGUUGGUGCCAGUGCACACCCUUCGUGCCCGCCUGCUAACCAAACGAUUAAAAUCUUGCCAGAAUCUCCAGAAGACUGCUCGUCAUCUCCAACCAGUCAGGAUCAAGUGGAUGAACAAAAAGAAAAACGUAGAACUGGAGGGGCUGGAACGCGGGAAGUUCACAACAAGUUGGAGAAAAAUAGGAGAGCCCACCUAAAAGAAUGUUUUGAAAAUCUGAAGAAACAGCUUCCAAAUAUCGACGAGAGAAAAAUUUCCAACCUGAGUAUUCUCCGUGGAGCACUGAGAUACAUCCAGACACUCAAGAAAAAAGAGCGAGAAUAUGAACACGAGAUGGAACAACUAGCAAGAGAAAAAAUUGCAUCUCAGCAAAGACUAGCAGCACUGAAGAAAGAUUUAUCUGCUCAUCUGGAUCAUGUCGACAUAAAUAACUUGCUACCAGAUCCUGACAAUGAAACAACAACUACAGCAUCAGAAGCUGGAGAAAGUGAUAUUGAAGAAGAUUCCAAAGUAGAGGAGACAGAAACAAGCUCCUUUUACAAUUUUAUUCAGUCAUCAGAAACUUCUAACACCUCAUCCACUCUUUUGUCCACACCAAGUAGCACACCACCCCAGAGCAUGGGGAUAACUAGUCCUUUAUGUGUGGAGAAAAAACAGGCACUUCCAUUUAACCCACCAGAGGACUCUGGAGCUAAGACUACUGUAACUUUUCUGCAGACAACAACAUCGGCAGCUUCUUUGGUGUCACCAGUUUCCAUGACUCCAGGAUUUACACCAAAUGUAUUUAUUGGGGUGCCAAAAAAAAAGGAUACAAAAUCAGUUUUGGCUACUAUGGCAACAAGAAAAAAUACCACCGUAGCCUCAACCAGGCAGAAAUGUUUGAGAUCUCAAGAACAUGGACCUUCAGAUUCUGUGCUUAAAUUGAACUCUGUCAAUGCCACAGGUGUAUUGGCUUCUGAAUCAGUACAGAUAGUGAAUCAGUCUACAGUUUCGAAAAUAAGCCAAGUACCACCACUGACCUCAACCAACAUUAUUACAAAUGGACCCUUAAAAAAUUUUACCAAGACAGUUCCUUCCAUGAUUGAAGGGCCUGUUGCCACUGGGUUUUCAGUUCCAAAACUAGUAACCUUACCAAAUUCUAGCUUGAAGCCUGUUCUUAGCCAUUCCUUGGUUUGUGUCACCCCUGGGCCACUGGCACAACCCCAGUCAGUCAUCAGCCUGACUCCAGUGUCAUCUACAUCAAAAUCAGUCAUUAUCAACAACCAGGCAGCUACAAUAUCCAAUGAAGUGACUAUGGCAACACCAUCAUUGGUGAAUCAUGUCACUGGAAAAUCUGUAGCUAUUCCUGCACCUGAUACAACUGGAGCCAAUUCAGUGAUCACCACAAGAGGGAUAGUUUGGACAUCAGGGACAACAGUUAUACCACAGCCAAACCUACAAUUCAUGAAGCCUAUGCCCCAAAUUCUACAUCAUACUGUAGCCCCAAGAACACACAUAGUUCCAUUAGGGGGUUCUCAAGUCAACAGCAUGAAACACCACCUAGUCACUGCUGCCAUUAAACCAGUUCAUCAGACUGGCCAACCCAAGGCUCGUUUCUCUCACUUAUCUAGCGUGGGUCAUGUCACACAUGUCAUGCCAUCUUCAUCUGUUACUGCACCGGUAAGCCACUUGGUAUCUGGUGCAACUGCCGUAUCGGCAAUAGCUCCCCUAGUAACUCCUAUAUCUGUGGUAUCUCCCGGAGGACCAAUGAACCAAGCCCAGCUCAUUACCCAGCCACACCACCUGGGAAAGGUACUUGCCACAACACCACUUCUGAAGACAUCUGACCAGAUCCCAAUUAUCCAAUCUCAAUUUCUUCAACCCACUGUUGGCCUGGUCAAACCUGUUGUUAUGGUCAGUGUACCUAGUGUAGGUAAUGGAAGCCAGGUCGCAGUCACUGCUCAACAACAGGGAGUUAGCAGUGUGUCGAUCUCACAGUAGAAACUGUUUGUGUUGGUCGUUUGUUAAUAAUUUGACUUUAGCAUUGGAGUGGCCAAAAGUUAAAAAUGUAAGAACCUGUUGAAACAGAUCGACUAGAAGUUAGGGACAUUUGUUAUAUGCCUGUACAAGGUUUGUUAGAAUUACAAUGUAUAUAUAUGUUUAUAUUAAUGGACUUAUACAUGUGUUAGUUAAUUUUAAAUUCACUCUUUGUAAAUAUCUAUGGUUCUUGUACCAUAACAUAGAAUAAUAUAACAUGGUAUAUAUAUUUUUUGGAGAAAAAAAAAUUAUCCUGGUAUGUUGGUUGUUUGGGAGAUUUGUGCUGUUUUUUUUUUCUAUUCCGUUUAUUUUAUGUCUCUCUUGACUAGAUGUACUUUUUUUUUGAACAGUUUUAAUUUAUUGAAGGAGAGCCAAGAUGUAAUUCCCUACCAAGCUGUGACAUUUUUUAGCUGACCAUGAAGAAUAAUGAUUGUAGGACACAUUUAAAUCCGAUUAUUUUUAUGAACAAUUAGUUUUUAUUGCAAAUGAUUGGCUCAUCUUUCUUUCGCAGUUAAAAUAAAAAUAUAUUCAAUACUAGUCAAUGCUCGAAGUAAACUAAUAUAUAUAUAUGACUGCAUAUGAAUGAGUGGGAAAAGGCUGCACAUGCGACAUAUAUAUAGUUAAAACAAAAAUAAAACAUGAAAUUGCACUGUUACAAUUAAUAAAAGGUAACUAAUCACGAAAAGUUAACUAAUAAAUAUAACCUUUAUCCACUGUUUUAGGAAACCACAAGAACAAUACAUCUUCAACCCGGUAUCCAUAACAAAACACAUCUCGCACUGUUCAUUUCUAGACUGUAAGCAUUUGAAAUAAAAUGGUGGGUGACUUACGAAUAUUAAGGUGUGAUGAAACUGCACUGUGCGUAAACAUUUAGUUUUGUUUAUCCACUGCUUUUAGCUUCUCACUUCAUUCUUAAAAAAACUGAUUUCUGUGUUGUUUUACUUAUACGACUAUUGAACUAAUAUUAGUGUUAUAUCUAUGACAACAACAGAUUACAUUUGUUAGUUAAGUAUUCCUGAAAGUUGUACUGGCAUAUAUGUAAAGCUCGUGAUAAAGGCUAGUGUACACGUAGAGACACCUUGUAUAAUAUAAAAGUUGUUGUAAACAGAAGAAAAAUGUGUGUGUGUGUGUGUAGGGGAGGGGGGGGGGGCGGAUAGUGGUUUGACCAUUUUUGAAAACAGAAAUAAGGGUUUGUUUAAUAUUGCUGUACAAUAUAUGCUACUUGAUAACGAAUGAAGCGUACGUUCUAACUAGUUUCUACUACAUAGAAUGGGCUACAGUUUGCAAUCCAGAAAGAGUAUCACAGUAUAAUUUCUUUCUUGCAUUAUUCAUUGUAUAUUUUCCAUUAUUCUAUUAUCAUAUUUAUCAACUAUUUGUAACAUACUUUGUUAUAUGGGGUAUCUGUUAAGUUAGAGGUGCUGGAACUAAGUGUGAAAAGUUAAUUAGAAUUUGUAAGCAAACAAAAUGAAUAAAAGUCCUGUAAGUAGGUUUUUUAGAGGUUGCCUUUUGCCAUAGUGUUUUCCAGGUCAUGAGUUGUAUGGUAUAUCCUUCAAAAAAUAUGUCUUACAAUGUUGUGACAUUUGCACGCGAUAGUUGCCUGUAAUAUAAUGUAUGAUAUCACACUGGUAUGUAUCCUGUUCUGAAACGGAUAUUAUGUAGUACAGAGUUUUCUAUAAAUGUGUGAUGUGAAAUGUUUUUCAUGUCAGACGUAUCUGUGCAAUGCAUUAUUAAAUAGUUAUCUCUA